AAAUGCUUGUCGCAUAUGUCGAGCGGAAAUCGAUUUUGUCACCCACUUGACAGGCUAUCGAAUUCCGUUAGCAGCUUCCAACAAUGUGCAUCUUCCACCACAGUCGUUUAUCCGAUUGGACACUUUUUGGCCAUGCAGCAGGGGCCUUGUGAUCUAAAUGCUACUGGACGCUGCGAGGAGCUGAAAACUGCUGCGGCAACAGGGGGCUGUGUUGGCGCAGCCUGAUUGACGCCCUCGACUCAGAUAGGUAUUCUGGAGUCGCAGGCAAGUCCCGUCUGCCCCAAGUUGCCUUCCGCAAAGCCUAUCUCUUCGUCAAUUUCUCUGACCUGGCUUGAACUCGAUUCGCAACAACCCUCACUGCGAUUUCGGCCAUAUCGCAAUCGCCAUACCAGGUAAGUACAAGCUAUUCUAUCACACAUUCGUUCUCACGGCGACUGAACAUCGCAGAUUAGGAAGACGACUUCAGCAGAAACCCCUUGGAUCCCGCAUGGAGGUUGACCAAAAUGCUCAGCGAUCACGCUCACCAUCAACAAAAAACUACCGAUUCGCAGUCCACGAGCGCUCCUAGAUGUGCCACAGAGAAACGGGAACGGAGCGUCAGUAGUGACGAAGGGAGUGAUUAUGGGCUUGCAAAGAGGGCAAGAACAACGAGCUUCCUUCGUACGCCGAACAGUGCGGGGCAGUUCUUGGUCAAACUAUCACAUGAGGCAUACACGGUGGGCUGGGUUUGUGCUCUUCCCCUUGAGAUGGCUGCAGCCCGAGCGAUGCUUGACAAGGAACACCAACCACUCAAUAUGAAUCCAAACGACAGCAAGGUGUACACGUUUGGCAGCAUCGGCCCGCACAAUAUCGUCAUUGCAUGCUUACCGUCAGGCCAGUAUGGCACAAACAGCGCAGCCGUAGUGGCGAACAACAUGCGCUGGAGCUUUCCAUCAAUACAGACUGGCUUGAUGGUCGGAAUAGGUGGCGGUGUUCCUGGAAGAAUCGACGUACGGCUUGGCGACGUCGUGGUCAGUAACCCGACAGCAGAUUCUCCAGGUGUCGUACAGUAUGACUUUGGAAAAGCUGUAAACGAUGGUAAGUUCGAGCGCAUCGGGAACCUGAACAAACCUCCACCGCCGGUUCUUGCAGCUGUCUCCAGGUUACGAGCUGACCACGAAUUUCAACCGAGUCGAGUUCCGGAUAUCUUGGCUCGCAUGGAAUUGCAUCAUCCCUAUAUGGUUGAGUUCUUGCAUCGAAAUGUAGAUGAAGACAGACUCUUCGAGGCCUCAUACGAACAUUCUGGGGAAACCUGUGAUGACUGCGAUAGAUCCAGGCUCGUACCACGCAGUCUACGACCGACAAACAACCCCAGCAUUCAUUAUGGAAUUAUUGCCUCUGGAAAUCAGGUUAUGAAACAUGCGAAAACGAGGGACCGACUGGCGAAAGAACUUGGAUUGAUAUGUUUUGAGAUGGAAGCUGCAGGGCUGAUGGACAAUUUUCCAUGCCUCAUUAUCCGUGGUAUCUGUGAUUAUUCGGACUCCCACAAAGCAAAGCAAUGGCAGAAAUAUGCCGCUGCAACCGCAGCGGCCUAUGCGAAGGAGCUUCUCUCCAUUAUCCCACCUCAAGGAAGCUUUAGUAUUCAAAGGCAGCCUGAAGUGCGGGACACCGAAACACCAUCGACAGAUCGCAAGGCGCUUCUAGACUCGCUCAAGUUUGAUCAAAUUGAUAAGCGGCACGCCAAUAUCAAGGCCAACCAUGCGAAAACCUGCGAUUGGCUUCUCCAGCAUCCUGAUUAUGUCAUCUGGUUAGAUCGUAAGAUGUACUCUCAACAUCACGGUUUUCUCUGGAUCAGGGGGAAACCUGGGGCAGGAAAGUCAACGAUCAUGAAAUUCGCCUUCAACCGAGCGAGAAGGAGAGCCACAUCGAUUGGGCCUUCUAUUUCAUUCUUUUUCAACGCAAGAGGCGAAGGGCUCGAGAAGUCAACGCUGGGAAUGUAUCGUUCACUCAUACAUCAGCUUUUGGAAAAAAUGCCCGAUCUACAAAUUUUGCUCGAUACCAACGACGGCCCACAAGAAAUCGCAGUGUGGAAUCUAGAAAAGGCCAAGAUCCUCUUCCGUAGCGCCGUUCGGAAACUCGGACAACGGCAACUUACAUGUUUCAUUGACGCCCUUGACGAGUGCGCCGAGAGUGAGGUUCGAGAGAUGGUAGAGGUCUUCGAAGACCUAGGACAAUAUGCGGUUCAGAACGAUAUCCGAUUCUACGUUUGCUUCUCUAGUCGGCACUACCCCUAUAUCGAUAUACAAUACGGCCAAAAGCUCAUCCUGGAGGACCAAAUCGGUCAUGAAAGAGAUCUCGCAGAGUACGUCCGUACUAGUCUCAAGGCCGGCACUGGGCCCAAGAGUGAAGAGGUCAUCGCCGAAAUCUUACGGAAAGCUUCUGGUGUUUUUAUGUGGGUCGUACUGGUGGUCGACAUUCUCAACAAGGAAUACCUUAGGGGUCGCUUGUUCGCAGUCAAAAGUCGCCUGAAAGAGAUUCCAUCCGAACUGAGCGAGCUCUUCCAGAACAUAUUGACAAGAGACCAAGAAAACCUCGACGAUUUGCUUCUAUGCAUCCAAUGGGUUCUCUACAGCGCACGGCCUCUAAAACGCGAAGAAUACUACUUCGCCUUAGCCUCCGGCUUGGAGCCUGAUACUCUAGGAGAGUGGGAUUCCAAUGAAGUCCCGUCUGAAUUCAUGGAUCGUCUGAUUGUCAGUUCAUCUAAGGGACUGGCUGAAACAACGAGAUCCGAUGAUAAGACUGUCCAAUUCAUUCACGAAUCGGUACGUGACUUUCUGAUCAAGGACAACGGAUUGCGUACUCUCUGGCCAGAGAUGGGCGCUGAUUUCGAGGCCCAAAGUCACAAUCGAUUAAGGGACUGCUGCCAUGAAUACUCGGCCCAAGUCAAUAUUUCUAGAUACCUGAAAGACGAUGACUAUCGAUUGUACACCUACAGAGAGGGAUUUAUCAACUUGAAAGCCGUAAUCGACCGUGGCUUUCCAUUUCUAGAGUAUGCAACCAGUCAAAUACUCUACCAUGCCGAUGCCGCUGCCCGGACCGCCCCACAGACCGAGUUCCUCCAACAUUUCCCCUUAGAACGAUGGAACCAGAGAAGCAAUAUCUUUGAAAAGCAUCAAGUCAGAAGGCAGAAGCCUGGUGCUACGAACAUCUUAUACAUCGUUGCGGAGAGGGGAUUCACGAAACUGGUUGAGACAGCACUCCAUCAUGACCCGGAUGCCGAAGUACGUGGAGGCCGCCAUGGGUACCCACUCCUUGCGGCUUUAAAAGAAGGCCAUGACGACGUAGCAAGAUUCUUGCUGCAACAUAUUGCAAGUUCUGCAAGAAAAAUUGGGUCUACAGCAUACAAUACCCCGGAGAACGAGACGAGCAGUCAAGUCCAACCUAGCAUUGACUGCAAAGACAAAGAAGGACGUACGCCGCUCUACUUUGCUGCAGAAAGAGGGCAACUCGACAUCGCCGAAACGCUAUUCGACUUGGGCGCGCGACCUGACCUCAUACCAAAGGACAUCUCUUAUAGCCCCGUGGUUCGCGCUGCCGAAAAGGGACAGGAAGCAUUCUUGAGGCUCAUUCUCCAGAAGCGAUCCGGGUCACAACUGAGCGUCACUCCCAGCAUGAUUUCACGACUACCAUCAUCGGUAGACAAACUUCAAGACGUCAAAAGAGCUCUCAUCAGGGCGGCUGAGACCGGAAAUACGGGCACUGCGCAAAUUCUGCUUGAGACGGGUGUUAGCAUCGAUGACGGGUACAAGCCUGACCACACGCCUCUGAUAGCGGCAGUCCGAAAAAGUCAAAGUCGCUCCAUCGACCUCCUUCUUGAAAGUGGAGCAGACAUUAAUAGAGGAUCCCUAUUGGAAGGAAUGAAGCCAAUCCAUUGGGCAAUCACACGCGAAAACGAAGCAAUCAUUCGAUUAUUGAUUGAAAGAGGGUGUGACUUUGAAGUUCAAGACGCAUCUGGGCAAACACCUCUCCACAUCGCUUGCCAAUAUGAGAACCGCUUUCGGAUCGUAGCGCUUCUUCUCGAAGCAGGUGCGAAUGUCCAUGUACAGGACGACAAUGGGGAUACUCCCCUGUUCAUCGCUGUAUUACGCGAUGCAAUCGAUAGUGUGAAAUUGCUAUUGCAACACAGCAUUUGUGAACACCAAAGAGAUAAUGACGAAAUCACACUCACUCGUGGGAAAUCGCAACAAAAAUUUGGAAGUGUACCUUCAGAUUUCAGGAACUUGACAAACAAGCUCGGACAGACCGCUCUCUUCAAAGUUCGACCCUACACACCCCGAAUUCUGGAGGUCCUAUUGAAUGAAGGUCUGGACCCUACUCAUCAAGAUAAUCUGGGCCAGAACUUUCUCCAUGAGGCAUGUAAGCGAGGCUCAUCAAGCUCCAGAUAUUUUGAAGGUGUGGGGAAGGCCAUUGAGAAUGGUCUUGAAAUUGACUGCCGGGACUACGAGGGACGAACCCCCCUUAUGAAUGCUGCUAGGGGAUGGGAUUCUCGAUUAGUCGACUUUCUGCUUCGACGUGGAGCCGAUCCCAAUGCAAGGGAUAUAAAAGGACAAACGCCACUAUCUGAGAUCCUUUCUGUGGAUUAUUACGAGUAUAGACUUGAAGCUGUAUCAGCCACGAUUCGGAGCCUUCUUGAUGCGGGUGCCGAUGUCACAGAAUCAGGCCCAAACGGUAAAGAUUUAAAGGAAUUGGCUUUGCGGUGGAGUAUUAAGGUGUGA